CUCCAAGACUGCCGCAGAGGCGUCCGUAGCCAUUUUGGCUCAAGCCAUGUUGGUGCAGUGUACUCCAGCUCCAACAGAACGUUGGCGAGUUGUGAACCCAAGCGUCUGCUUACUGAGCCUGUGUAACCUCACAGUAACUUCAUUGGGAUGGCUGCAGUAGGGCUGGCACCAAUGACCAUGUACAUUGUGGCGCAACUUAUCCAGGCCGCAUCCGCCGGUACAAACGCAAGCGUUGCGCUGUACGUCACAACGGCCGGUUCGCAUCAACACUGGAGCUACUUCGAGUGUUUGCCGGCGCUGAUACGGACUUCGCCGAUGUUGAUGAAGGCGGACGUCAUCGUGUACGUCGGAAAUCAUAUGUCAGAAGACUCGAAGCAUAAAAUGAACCAGCUGUUGGAUCAGUGGCCCGUGAGGAAUCGUAUCGUCCAUUUCGGUGAGAAUCCGGGCAAGCAGGAGGGCGCAAAAUUGGCGGCCCACGUCGGGUUCUCCAGCGGAUGGUUCCGAGGCUACGAGUGGGUUAUCAGGAUCAACCCGGACGUUGUGAUCUACAACGACAAUUUGAUCUGGCCUCUCAUGCAGAAGGCAGAAAAUUGGGGCAUAUUCGUCGGCUGUGGGACGCACUGCGAGCCGCAUUCUGGCUGCGCUCCCAGACAGACCCACACAGACUUUUUUGCCGUGCGGCCGUCCCGGGUGCCACCAAAUGCCUUCGCAGACUGGAAUAUGUCUGAGCCGAGUGCAGAAGUUCAGGCGACCGCGGCAUUCAAAGACAUAUACGCAGCAAAGGCCGACGUUUACCUCCCGUGGAGCCCCAGGAGCAGCAUCUGCCGCGUGACUGGGGGCGGCGUGUUUCACAGCACGCAAUUCUGCCAUGAUUUUCUGGAGUCCCCCCCUUUUGAGGAUUAGGUCUUGUGAAAUUGCUCAGCGCACGCUUGACGGGAUAAAUCCGUCAUCCGACACACUGGUAUGAAUGACCCGUAUAUUGCCAUACAUAUCCGUAUCACGGGCGAAUGCUUCGAACCUGUGCUUUGCACAUGAGUUGUCGGUUCAUCGUUGGACUGCUUGGUGCUUGGCCAUGGAGAAACAAC